AUUUUAGGGUUAGCCGAAUUAAUGUCCCCUGAUCUCCGCUGUGAUGUUGGCUUUUACCCUCACAGUCUUCUAACUCGCAGGAGGUCCUCCUCAUCGAUGUACAGCAACGGCGAGGUCAUGGAGGUGCUGGCAGAGCUACAGAAACGGAUACGUCAACGAAAGGAGGACGACAUUAAAGCAGAGCUCACGGCCAUAAAACAGCGUGUACAAAAGAGCCUGGAGGAUGUAGACAUGGCUGACAACCCCGAUGAGGAUCCUAGUGUGGUCCAGACACCGACCUUCACCUCGGCCUUCAACACCCGCGCCAUGUGGGAGAAAAUGCAGGAGAGAAAUCAGCUUCUAGAGCGAGUCGAUGGUUUUGCGGAGAAUGCCGUAAACAAGAAACAAAUGAUCAUGGAAGUGAACUACUGGCUUCAAGACAAUCUCAAUAUGUCCAGUGAUGUGGCUACCCCAGAGGAGCUCAAAGCAAUGGUAGAAGAAGCAGCAGACUUGCACAAUGUCAUAUCCACUUCCAUGGAAGAGUUUAUCAACACGGGUGACAAGGUGGUGGAGAAAGGGCGCCUGCUACUGCAGGAGACGAGCAAAAUCAUUGAAGAAAGACGAGCACAUAGAGAUAAGAGUUCAAAAAGAGAAAAAAUGAAUAUCUAUGAUGAAAAGGUGCUGUUGUCGGAGCCUGCUAAAUGGGAGAGCUCGGUAGCGAUGAUCCUGUCAGUGUUUGAAGACAGCCACAAGAUGAUGAAGAAUGUAGUGCUGAAAAAUUCCCUCAAGCUUAGUCAGAAUCAGUUUGAGUACAUGAUGCUGGCGUCCGAGAUUCGUGCAAAAGAGUUUGAAGACAAGAGGAAGAUGUGCAUAGAACUUCAGGGGAAGUUGCACUCUGCUAAACUGGGAACCGACCGGGUGAGUAGGGAGGUGGAAGAGCAAAAGAAGAAGGUCGCACAGAUGGGACAAGAGAUGGAGACGGCCAAUAAAGCACUUGAGAACGUGCAGCAGAGAAACCAAGAGUUGCAAAGCAAAGUGAUGGAGCUGAACGCCAAGAUACGUUCGCUGGAGGAGCAGCUGGUGAUAGCCAACACCCCACGUACACCCCCACCCCCUCCAACACCACCACCACCACCCACCCCAGAGAAGAUCUAUGUGAAGGUAGUUGACUCGAGCACUGAACUACGUCUGAGAGAAGUUGAGGAUGAACUAGCCAAAGCUAGGGUUGAAAUUGAAGAUUUGAUGUUAAAACUGGAAGAAGUUUCAGAACAACUACAAGCGGAACAGGACCGUAGCCGCCAACUGGAGUCUCGUAUCCUUGAGCUGGAGAGUAUUGAGCCCCCAGCUCCUGUCAUCAUACAGGCACCACUGCCAUCACAACCAUCACUGCAAAUACCAACAGAGCCUUCUGAAUUGGACGUCAUUAUACCAGAGGCGCAGGCAGUCCCAGAUGGGACAACCAAGGACAGCCACUAUUACAAGACUCUCAUGGCAGGCAUGAAAAAGGACUUCGAGGCUGAACUGGAGAAGGUUAAAGGUCACUUUCUCAAGGAGAAAUCAAGGGGUGAGGCCGGGAUCCGUAAGAUAGAACAACAGCACAAGGAUCAACUACACAGCAUACAGCGGGACACGAUGCGUAUCCUGCGAGCAAUCAUGCACUUCCGAGAUCACAUGCAGACCUGUCUCGAGAAAGAGAACCUUGUGGAUCAGGCGCAGGCGUUGACCGAACUUGGAAGCAUCACCAAGGACAAGAUUUCUCAGGAUGCAAAAGAUGCGUUGGUUGCUGUUGUAGGGGUGGUAGUAGAAUAUCUCCACAAUCUAGAGGGUAUCCUCUCCAACUCCCUACUGGCCCUCAAGAUGCUCAUGAAACAACAGGUUGAGCGCCUCGUGGAACAGGAAGUGCAGCUACGGCUCACCAAGGAGAGGCAGGAACGCACUAUCAAGGAAGUACAGAAAAAGGAUCGUAUGUUGAAAGGGAAGCGUAAAGAUGUUGGUGGAAUUGCAAAGAGGCUGAAAAAGGCCAAGAACAAGCUGAAGAAAGCCAAGCACGACAUUGAGUUUCUUUCCAACGACAAGCGCUACCUGGACCUGCUGGGGAGAUACAGCUACAUGAUGAAGAUAUAUCAGAAGAUGCAGCGAGAAAUGGAGACACUGCAGAGUGACUUCCAGCAGACCAUGCAGAAAAAACUGGAUGAAAGGGAAACUUUGGUCAUCUCACAGAUGAAGAUGCAAAUAAAACAGCAACGAGUGGUGAAUGAAGAGAAUCUAAGACUGACAAUCAUGGACCAGCGAGAGAACCUUCGUAUCCUGGCACGGGCGUAUGAGGACAACAAGAUUUCCCGAGAUCUCCUCGCCUGUGCCAAAGCCAUGAUACAGAAAACCAUGGAAAUUCCCGAGAUACGGUUACGGAACCUUUUUGAGCAAUACAUUACCUUCAGAGCUAUCCAGGAUGCCAGACAGCGUGUUGAGAAGGUAUUAGAAGAGGAAGAGGACCUAGCUAUUGACACUCGCAAUGAGAUGCAACUUUACCUGGCAAAUAUGGAUGGGCGAUUUAACUCCAGCAUGAAGGUUUGGAGAAGCAAAAUGAAGCAACUGGAAUCAGAGAAAAGAGAAAUGAACCAUAAAAUCUUUAAAUUAUUCAACGAGGUCCUUCUGGAGACGGGAAUACUCCUGGUACAUCCCCUUCUCAAAGACAAGGACAGACAGACCAUCUUCAACAACGCCGCCACACAGGUCCCCAGGAAACAACUACAGGCUCUGCUCUUGAAACGGCAACCCAAAUGCAUGAAGCUGGAGGCUGAGUUACUGCGACUGCCAUCAGAGCUGCAGGGAUCUGCCAUCAAUAGCCACUGUGGAACUGAGAGACUCUGGUCCCAACAGUCCCUGGAAUCUAAAAUGGCACCUAGUGUAAUCUUACCCCACAUUCUUGCAUAUGAGGUCAACAAGCCUAAAAUUAGUGCAGUCAGGACAUUGGGCCAGAACAGGAAGCGGUACCUCAUGGGUCGGACAGAGAGUUUCAACAUCAGUGACGGGAACUGCGUGACCUUUAUACGUGACCUCACUAAGCCUACCUACAUGCAGCAUUAUCCACACGAGGUACCCUCCUUCCACUGAUGGGUGCCCACAUGUUCUUCUCUUACAUCUGGUUGUGUUUAUAAACUCGGCGUUGAUUUUUUUUUUGUAUCCAGUCAUAGCUGUUAUUGCUUUUAUUUUAGUCAGAUUGUUUUUAUAAUCUCAGCUUUCCAUCAUUUUUUGUACCUAGUCAAAGCUGUUUCUGAUUAAAUGAGAACUUUCUACACUUA